AUGUCCGAACCAGCAGCCGAUGCGUCCGCUUGGGACCGGUCCGAUGCCCGCUCGCGGCAGCCGCCGAUAGUCAACACCAUCCGCCGCAUCCGCCAGGCAUGCACGAAUUGCAUCGCAAAACCAGGUGUUCCGGCGAGCGCCCUCGCUGCAUGAACUGCCGCCGAGUCGAUCGCGUCUGUCAC